AUGGUCGUGGAGUUACUGCAUCCUUUUUCCGAGAUCCUUCAACAGGCGAAAUCAUCUUUGAAUUCUGAGCAUAUCCUUCGUGCUUUGCUUGCCAGGGUGUCUGACACCACGGCGUUGCGAUACUUGAAGGUGGUCCAAAGUUUUCUUGAGACUUGUGUGGAGCUGGGAAUAGAUUUGCAGGCUAUGUCAGCUGUGCAGGUCAUUGAUGCGGUUUGUGCACUGCAAUCGGAACCGUCUUUGCAAAUUCACUCAACCAAUACUCUUAAGGCAUUGCGAUGGCUGACUAAGGUAUUGCAGCUUGAUUGGUGUGUGCAUUCGCCUCUGUUGCAAUUCUUCGAUGGCCCCAAGGAUCGUCAGCGGAAGGAGGCUUUGCCAUUCCCGCUUCAGUUUGCCGCCUUUUUGGAGGGCGUAUUGCGUAGCGCCUCUAACUCUUUAGCUACCCGAGCUUUCGCGGGGGGUGUGCUACUGCUCUUGAUGUCAUCUCUCCGCUUCAGUGAUGCCUCGCACGUGGAGUGGCGGAGUCUGAGCAUGGAUGGCUUUGAUUUGCGUGGUCUGAGCACUCGGACUAAGACUUCUUCUAAUGGCAUGCCUUUUGCAGCUACUGGGCUGGGGUUUUUGGGAUGCCCGGAUACCCCUAUGCAGGCUUGGGUUCCGCAUUACCUUUGGGUGCUUGGGGUUUUGUGGGAUGAGAUGUGCCGGCAGUUUGGGGAAAUGUUUUGCCCGGACACGCUGUUCUUUCUUUGGGAUGCAAAGGAGCCGGCGUUCAUGCCCAUGACGUAUGCCCAGGCUCUGUAUCGCUUGCGUAAGUUGCUGGAUGUGUGUUUUCCAGGCGGCGCGUCCGCUAGCUAUACUCUUCACUCGGCCAAAGCUACUAUGCUGUCGUGGUGCGCUGAGGCCUUGAUUGCCAAACAUGUUGCACAGGUGCAAGGGCAUCACUCUGGCGACGUCCAGCGUAAAUAUGCUCGGGACGAUACUUUCCUGGCCUUGUUUGCACAGCGCACUGUGAUGCGCAGGCUGUUGGCGGGCUGGUCUCCGUCGGUGCCGAUCGCUCGGGGUGCCCAGCGACCCUUGCCGAACGCUCCAUUGCAGCCAGUGGCUAGUUUGUCGGUGGCGGCUUCGCAUCCUUAUUUCGAGUAUCAUAAUGCCGAUGCUAGUUUGCUUGAGUCGUCCGUUACGAUGAACCAAAUUCCCUUGGCGGGACCGGUUUGUGGAUCUGACGCUACACCUGUACCAGCAGAGUCUCUUGCAAAGGCUCCAGUUUCGAGGGAUGCGACAUCUGUCCAGCUCUCGGAUCAGGCGGCCAACGGGGUCGUCGCGGAUGCCAUGCCUGUGGCGCGCGAGAACUCCGAUUUUUCUUCAUCUGAGGAAGAGGAAGUUGCUGAGCCGGAGCUCGGUGACGCGGACGAGGUUGCUUGGGUGCGAUCUGGCAAGGGCGUUUAUCACGCAGCUAUUGGGCAUGCCACGGGGUCUAUGGGUGUGCGAGCAGCAUGUGGCACCUUUUUGCUGGAUCCAACAGUAUCCGUGGAGCCGCCCCCAGAUCCGACUUUCCCGGUGGAUGGUGCAGGUAUGCCUGAUUCUUGGGCAAUACCAGCGUCGGUUGGCCUUGAGGGCUCUGAUCCGCUUGGUGCCGCGUUGACAACCGGGCCGUCUGUAUCGCCAGGACUUGUAGCCAGCAGUGGCGCUAGCAUGCAACAGUUGCUAAGCAAGCAUCAGAUCCCGGCGGCUCUUCACGAGACCCUUUUGGAGUUUUCUUCUGCUGAGUUCGGCCUUGUUGCAACAUCGUUGGAGGAUUUGAAUGGGUUCAUGACCACUUCACUUGAAAUCCCAACCACUCCUUCGCCAGCGCUGACGACAGCUAGGCUUCGCAUGUUGUGGAAGGAGUGUAAUGCUCUGGCUUUGGCGCCUGCGGUAGUGCCGCAGCCGACCCAGGUUGUGAGUGAGGGUGGUUCGGACUCGGGUUGGACCGAGGUUUUCCCUAAGAAGGUUUCUUCCGCCAGGGUUUUCGAGAUGGUGCGUCAGUUUAAGAGUCGUUAUCCUUCUGAAACCUUGUCUUCGGAUACGAUGCCCAGUGCUCGACUCUUAGCUCUGGUUUCGAAGCAGAUCCAGGAUCAUGAGUGGAAGUACAUUCCUUGGAAGCUUCGGAUGUCUCAGGAGCUUGCUGAUCAGGCGUCCAUGACCCGCCCUCAUAAGCAGCCUCGUCUUGAGUCCCUCUUGUACGACGAGGUGCCGAGCCGUGAGCUCCCUUCGCAAGGAAUGGGCAAGGCGUUGAUGUCGGAGCUUCUUCAGCUUCAGGCAUUUGCGAUCGCGUUGUGUGGCGGUGCACACCUCCAUACCUUGAAGGAGUUUAAUCGGCGUUUCUUGCGACGGUGUUUCGAAAAGUACCCAGCAGAGUCAAACUUGCGACCACCUUCGGUGGCUGAGGCGCAAUAUGCUGAGCAGCACUUGUGGUCACAAAUCGCUACCUUGUACAAUGAGGAGCGCUGGACUUUGGAUGCGGCAAUUCAUGAAGUGGUGGUGUUGCGAAAUGAGCUGCAUUCUCAGCUCAUGCCUCGCCCUAUGAUGCCCAAGUUGUCAGUGUUUGCUCAACCGGGGCGGGGCAAGGGCAAAGGCACAAAAGGCAAAGGCGAAGGUAAAGGGGGCAAGGCAGGUAAGGAGGGCAAAGGUGCCAGAUUGCCAACGCCAUCCAUGACGGUGCAGGGCUUGCGUGUCGGCUUGUAUUACAUGGCAGGCCAGCAGCGUCGCAACUUGUGCAAGGAUUUCCAGUUGGGUAAGUGCACACGUGGUAAGAACUGCAGGUUCGCGCAUGUGUGUGGGGUUAUGGAUGCCAAUGAUCGUUUGUGCCUGGGUGACCAUGACGCUGACGGCAAGGAUUUUCGUUUUGCGCCGGAGGUCGGUAAGCAGCUGCCGGGCAGGCUAUUGCCCAUCAAUUGCAGUCCAUUGUCAUUUGAUGGUUCGUUGUGGCAUGGAUCAACAGACUGGGUUGGCGAGCGCUGGGUAGUGAUCGCUUACUCUCUUCCGGAGGUUCCCGAGGGUGCUCUUGAGGGCUUAGGUUUCCCGCAGGGGGAUUCGGUUGCUGUCACACCAGCACAGGCGGACUCGUCGCUUCCAAGCCUUGCAGAUGCCAUUCCAUCGGUUUUGCCAGAUGCGACGAUUUUCUUUUUGGACAUCUGUUCUGGAAGGAAUGCUCCCUUGUGUGCGGCCGCUCGCCGGCUGGGGAUCCCUUCGAUUCGCAUUGAUCUGCUGUUGUGUGCCGAACAUGACUUGCUAGAUUUGGCCUUUUACGAGAGGUUGUUGCGCUUGUGUUUUUCUGGCCGCAUCCGCAUGGCUCAUGGAAGUCCUCCAUGCUGUGAGUACAGUCGCUUAAAGUUGCGGCCGGGGGGACCGCCACCUUGUCGUAGCCCCGAAUUUCUGCAGGGGUUACCGGGCAAUGAUGAGGCUGCGCAGCUCCGGGUUCAGCAAAGUGCCACCAUCUUGACUCGUGUGGUCAUGUUGCUUUUGGCAACAUAUCAGGCCGGAGGGCACGUGUCGUUGGAGCAGCCUAGAAACUGCAUGUCUUGGGAGGAACCGGUUGUGCAGGGCUAUCUGUUGGAAGUCUCCGCAGAUGUAGUUGUGGUUGCGGGUUGUGAAUAUGGCAUGGAUCUUGAGAAGCACUGGGUCUUUGCAUCGUCCUGGCGACCAUUGCAGUCCUUGGCAUCUGUAUGCAAGCAUCCACGUGGCACCCAUGCCAGUUAUGCCGGCGUUCUUGACUCGCAGUCGGGUGAGUUUGCUUCGCGGAAAACUGCUGAGUUUCCCGCUAAGUUGGCAACAGCUUAUGCGGAGGCAAUUUCACCGUUGUUUGCGGAUCGGACAGAGCCUCCCACUUCGAUAGCUGAGGCGGCGUUGGAUGUUUCCUUUGCUCAGGCAUUUUCUUCAAUCCCUGUUCGGAAGUUGGACUCCUUUCCGCGUGCGGCACAAGACGGUGGUGGCAUUUACUCAGUGCCGGACUGGGCGGCUCCUCCGUCGAACAUUCCGGAUGUUUUCCGCAGCCUGCGGGCUGACUUGCUGCAAUUCUUUGCGCAGGAUCGCACUCCUGUCCGCUUGCGCCAAAAUGUGGCAAACAAGGAUCACUCCCCUCUUUUUACGCCGGAUCAGGUUGAGGCCUUGCGGGCGAUUUGGGUUAAAUGGUUUAGGUCCCAAGGGUUUACACAGGAUAUUUCUUGGGAUGUUGCAACCAAUCAGCCAUACAGUCUUGAGGCCUUGCAUUUGCUUGCUCAGGCCCUGAAAGACCGCGAUGUUCACUUGUGGGAUGCUUUGAAAGAGGGGGUUCCGAUCGGUGUCGAUGGCGAUAUCAAGCCGAGUAAUUGCUUCAUUCCACUCGGGGUGUCGCAUCAAGAUGUUUCAGACGAGGAUUUUAAAAUUUGUUCGGGGCACUGGCCUGGUGCCGAGGAGGAUCCGGAAUUGCUUGAGGAAUUGAUGGAGGCCGAGCUGGCUGCGGGAUAUGUUGAGGAAUUGCCUUCGCUUGAGGCGGCUCGUGCGAGAUGGGCCCGUGUGGCCAUCGGCAAAGCUAACAUUAUAAAGUCUGAGGGCAAAUCUCCCCGGUUGAUCAUUGACCCUUCUGUCUCUGGGACGAACGGAGCUUGCGUUAUCCCGGAGCGUUUCUUGCUUCCAGGUUUGGGGGACGUGCAGCAUGGGUACCCUGUCAGGGGUUGUGCUGAUGAGGUUUCAGCGGUAUCGCUGGAUAUUUCUGCGGCUCAUAAAACAUCCAGACUUAAAGAAAAGGACCGUGGUUUAAUGGGAAUAAAGGUUGGCAACCGUUACUUCUUUUACCGCGUCGCGCCGUUUGGCGCAUCUUGUUCUGCUCACUGGUGGCAGCGCCUUGCUGGGUUUUGGGUACGUGUGGCACAUCGCAUAGUGUACGUGAGCCACUUGCUGGUCAUGUACGUGGACGAUGCUAUGCUUUGGCAAGCGGCAGGGGCCAUUGACAUGUCGGCAGUCUUGCUGUUGUCUUUCUGCCAGGUUUUCGGGUAUCCGAUAUCAUGGCGCAAAUUGCAGUUAGGACCAACCAUUGUUUAUAUCGGUUGGCAGAUUCAUUUUCGUGCUGGGGCAUUUUGCUUGCCGUUGGAGAAGAUCGCUAAACUUUUGAAGGCGAUUGACAAGGUUCUGCUCCCGCCCCACUUUGAUCGCCGUGACUUGGAGUCUUUGAUUGGCCUUCUCCAUUGGGUCUUGCAGAUGGCGCCUGAGCUUCGCCCAUGGCUCUGCUCCUUGUAUCAGGAUAAGGCACGGCCACUGGGCACGAAUUUUUCCUUGACUCAAACCGUUUGGCAACAGCUUCCCACUUACCUUGAUAAGGAUUUGUGUUUUGCGUCGACCCCUCCGGGUACAGCCAUCCGUUGUGGCAGCAAGUUGUUGAGUGUCCGGCACGUGGAUAUACAUUCAAUCGAUGAUCUUAGGUUGGUGCGCAAUACUGGCAAGCGCUUGUGGGCGCGAAUUGCGGACCCGACUACAGGCAAGAGGAAGCUUUCGCAGUUGAGCCGGCAAUUUUUGCACGAGUGGAAGUGUUUUUGCUUGCGACCGCCUAUGAUGCGCUCAUUGCAGCCGCCUACGUUUGUGCCCGCUGUGGAGAUGGCAGCAGACGCGUGUGCCAGCGGGGUUUCCAUAGGCAUAGGUGGUUGGGUGAAGUUCCCGGGACAGGAUUGUUUGUGGUUUUCGGAAAGACUUACAGUGCAGGAUUUCCUUGAUCGCAGUGUGCCGGUGGACUCGGAUGCUAAUCUUGACAUUGUCUCGUAUGAGACCUUGGCUCAGGUGGGGCUUGUGCGUCUGUUUGCAUCGGCAUGUGUUGGGGGCCGUAUGCGUUUGCAGCUUCCCGCGUUUACAGACAAUUCAGGCACUGAGGCAGCUUGCAAUAAGAUGUUCACGACGGUCCAACCCUUGGCACAUUUUGUCCAACGCUUGGCUACAGUCGCAUGGCAGUCUGCCAUCACGCUUGACGCGACACAUGUGAGUGGUUGUCACAAUGAUGAUGCAGAUAUGCUUAGCAGGUGGGAUGGUUGCUCCGAGCUACCAGAUCGCUUUCAGCUUAGUUACCGUGUGGACUGUUCCAUGCCACUCUUGUGGGAUGGCGCGAAGGAUGUGCGAAUUUUCCCGGAUGGUGCCUUUUUGUUGUGGCAGCCGCCGCUGCGGGCGCAAUCUUGA